AGACAGCAAACACCGAGAGACGGCAAACACCGAGAGACAGCAAACACCGAGAGACGGCAAACCCUGAGAGACAGCAAACACCGAAAGACAGCACCCCUGCCAUCCCAGCUCCGGGAUCACUGCAAUCUGCAGCAACGCAACAGAAAGAAGGCGCACGAAAGCAAACUUUUGGGUUAAAAACCAUUACCUUUGGCCAAAAUGUCAGAUCAGCCACAGGUGGAACUGUUUGUAAAGGCUGGCAGUGAUGGGCAGAGCAUCGGAAACUGUCCCUUUUCUCAGAGGCUUUUCAUGGUGCUCUGGUUGAAAGGCGUUACGUUUAAUGUCACCACUGUGGAUAUGAAGAGGAAGCCGGAAAUCUUGAAGGAUCUUGCUCCUGGUGCGCAGCCUCCGUUCCUGGUGUACGGUGAGGAGGUCAGAACAGAUACCAACAAGAUAGAAGAGUUCCUCGAGGAGACUCUGAGCCCCCCAAAAUACCCCAGGCUGGCCGCCAAGAACCCAGAGUCCAACACCGCCGGGCUAGAUGUCUUCGCCAAAUUCUCUGCCUACAUCAAGAACCCAAAUCCUGCACUCAACCAGACUCUGGAGAAAGGUCUGCUGAAGGCUCUGAGGAUCCUGGAUAAUUAUCUGAACUCGCCCCAUCCGGAUGAGAUCGAUGAGAACUCUGCGGAGGAUGAGACCGUUUCACAUCGCAAAUUCCUGGACGGGGAUGAGUUGACGCUGGCGGACUGUAACCUGCUGCCAAAGCUUCACAUAGUUCAGGUGGUUUGCGAGAAGUAUCGGGGGUUUAAAAUCCCAACAGAGUUCUCUGGUAUCCACCGCUAUCUCCGAAAUGCCUACGAGCGCGAAGAAUUCGCCAGCACCUGCCCAGCAACCGGCGAAAUCGAACUUGCGUACGCCCAAGUGGCUAAACCUCUUAAAUAAACUGACCUAGCCCCCCGAGAGAGAGAGAGGACCCCCUCCACCCCAAAACCACUAUAUUUAAACCCCCUUUAGAAACCUCGACACAGCUUCACCUUUGCUAAUACAAAAAGGGCAGGACCCUGAUUGGCCUGUCAGUCUAUCAAUCAUCCAGCAUACUCCUCCCUUCACCCCGCCUUCACUAAGACCACACGCUCAUUCUAGUCUCCUAGAAACCCGACUGAUUAACAUUUCACAUAGGCACUGCUCUCAUUGGCUGAGGCUGGUGUCCGUCUUACUAGCCCCUCCCUACUUUUCGUCUCCAGAAUUUAGUCUUGGAAUUGAGGAGGGUCUGGCCGUCGGCGUAUUAAAUAUUUAAUUUAAAAAAUGUAUCGGACUCUGUAGAAUUAGAAACAUUUCAUUUUCCGACUGCCGUUUUUUUAAUGUGUAUUUUCUCUAUUUGUACAAUUUACUAUUUCUUUUGUUAUUAUUAGUAAUUGCCAAAUUGUUACAAUGUUUAGGGGGCGCAGGAGUCUGAUCCAGAACGCCCCCCCCAAAAAAUCAGCCCUUUUAUGAUUGCAGUUACUCGUAUAGACGAUGGAGC